CCAUGAGUUUACAUAAAUAGGCUCGAGCAGAAGAAAGUAAAAACAAUAAUCUUUCUCUCACAGUUCUAAAGUGGUUCUAAAAUAUAAUAUGAAAACUAUGGAGCUUCUGAAAUAUACCUUGAUGAGUUUGUUCGUGACGUGUUUGUCAGUGGCGGCUGAUCCAUUAAAACAAAAACCACAGGCAUUGAAUUCUAUACCUGCUAAAAAUUUUCAACAGCAAGUAGCUAAUGAAUUAAAGCCAGAUUUUGUACCAAUAUACCUAUAUUCUAGAGAAAAUUCAGUGGACGGUGAUUAUAACUUCAAAUAUGAAACCGGAAAUGGAAUUUUUGCGGAAGAACGUGGUGUUAUGUUGAACAAAGGAACGGAAAACGAAGCAAAUUCGGUGGUUGGCUCGUACAAGUACGUCUCGCCCGAAGGCGUACCAAUAGAAGUUACGUACACGGCAGGAGUGGACGGGUUCCGAGCGUACGGUGCACAUCUGCCUGUAAGCCCACCAGCAGCGUCAAACCUGCCCAAAAGUUUUGCAUUCAAGAACGUCGCCCAGACGGCUCCCUUUGCCCGACCACAGUUCAAGACAGACAGUUCCGAUUCGUCGAGUUACGGUAGACAAGUGUUUUUGGAUGAUCAGCGUAAAACGCCGUUGGAGCCGGUCCAAGUGCAUCUGGAUCAGCCACAAGUGCCACCAACGGUCGAACAGGUUGGCGCGGGCCAAACAGCCAAUGACGUGGCGGAACAGUCGCAGAACGUGUUGUUCGUGGGUAGAGAUCCGACGGAAAAACCAGUGGAGACGAUCGUCCGCGCAACAGUAGCGACGGCCGACCAAUCGCAGAGUCCGUUGGCCGGUAAUGUCCAAGACUAUUACCAACAGCCCCGCGGUCAACCCGUUCCGGAACUGCAGUCGCGGCCUGCACCGCAGCCGUCCGUCGUACAGAGGUUCGAACCACCCAGAUUGGUUGCGCCGUCCGUCGUGCCCGUCUUGCAGACGGUGCCCCAGACCGUACAGACUCAGCCAAGAGUCGUGCCGGUGUUGCAAAGGCUGGUGCCCGGAGGAUAUCAGCAACAGCAGCAGCAGCAGCAGCAGCAGUUGCAGUUAAAUCAGUUUAACGCAAGACCGAUGGUACAGCAACCGCCUUUCAAUCAGCAGCAACCGCCUUUCAACCAGCAGCAACGUCCCGGACCUUUACGUCAGUUCAGCAUAGAGCCCCAGCAGAUGUGGUACAUGCCAAACAACCCACAAGGACGGUACUUUCAAAUGCCCCCUAUGCAGCGAACACUGGGACCGCCUAAGUACUAGUCGUCGUUAGCAAGUUCACCGGCACCUGGUCGAACUUCACUUAUUUUAAGAUCUUUUUGCAUUUUUUUGCGCAUCAACUUUCCGCGGACGAUCUACUAAUACAAUAAUAUAUAAUUAUUCUAUAAUAUAAUAUAUACGUAAAUUUAAUAUCGAUGAGUUGUGCAGUAUUGUGUGCAUAAUGAUUUAGACGAUGAAUGUUGUAUCAUGUAUUUAUUCGUGUGAAAAUAGAAAUUUAACAUAAAUCAAUAAAUUCGAUCACUUCACGCGUGAUCAAUGGGUACUUGAAUACUUA